CUCCACCACGUAGCAGCUUCCUGGCAGCGGCAGCCGCUAGUGUCUGCUCUCCCUCCUUCUCUGACACACACUCACACACUAUACUCAGUAGCCCCAUGUAGAACCACGUAGCACCAGCUUUUGGAUUUUAACCCACCAACACCAACACCACUACCAACAGCACCAACAGCAGCACCAGCACCAGCAGCAGCAGGAGCAGCAGGAGCAGCAGCAGCGGCGGCGGCGGCAGCAGCAGCCGGAGCGGCUAUGGAUCUCUUUGAAUUCGACUUUUUCAGAGACUGGGAGCUGGAACAACCAUGUCAUCUGGAGUCAGAGCGCAGCGCCCUGAAGAGGAGAGAGUGGGAGAGGAGAAACCAGGAAGUCCAACAGGACGAAGACCUCUUCUCAACUGGAUUCAACCUGUUUGGAGAACCUUAUAAAACUAAUAAAGGUGAUGCAUUGGCCAGUCGUGUCCAGAACACACUGGGCUCCUACGAAGAAAUGAAAGACCUGUUAACCAGCCACUCUAACCAGAGCCACUUGGUGGGAAUCCCAAAAGGCAGCAACAACCUGCAGACUCCGACCACCUCGACAAUGGAGAGACCCGGCAUGGAAUCCCAGCUUUUCACCGAAGCCCUGAGGGGAGGACCGGGUGGAGGAGGAGGAGGAGGAGGAGGAGGUGGAGGAGGAGGGGGAGGAGGAGGAGGAGGAGGAGCAGAGGGAGGUGGGGACAAGAGGACGGGAAAUGCACCCUCAUCUUCCACUUCCAUGCAACCUCCUGCUUCAACCACAUCGUCAUCAAGCGCCACAACGAUACAGCAUCAGAAUUCCAAAAAGUCCCGAAGCUCCGUGGACUGGUCAAGGGCAGGCCACGGACAGAGUGCCCAGGGAACAGGCCUCGUUCUGGGGUUAGGUCAGAAUGGGCAGGGGCAGGUCACAGCAGCUACUAGUGGACGAGGAAAAAUGUCUUUAUCAGAGGAACAGAGGCAUGAAGAGCUGUUUAGCUCACUUAAAGAUGAACUUGGUCUCAAAGGAGACUCAAGCCCUUCAUCCUCGUCCUCAUCCUCGUCUUCUUCUUCCUCUUCUUCACGGAGGAAACACUCUUCCCACACCUCCAAGACUGCUCCUCUCCCAGAUGGUGGUAAUUUUCGAUCUUCCACCAUGGACGGUGGCCAUUUUAAGUCUUCCAUUAACACAGAAAAUGGUGGACAUUUUAAAUCCUCCCCAUUUGAGAAUGAGACAGGUUCUCACCUGUCCACGUCCUCCUCCCCGUUGGCUUCCACGUCAGUUCUGACAACGCCUACUCCUGGUCUAACCACUCCCACAUCUGGACUGACUACCCCCACCUUCCCACCUGGCAGCCUAUCAGGGAAGCCGAUCGCAGUCCAGCAGAAGCCCACAGCAUAUGUUCGACCAAUGGAUGGCCAGGACCAGGCACCUAGUGACUCUCCCCAGCUUAAACCCCCUCUGGUGGCCACAGAGGGAUUUAACAACAGUCAGGCGUAUGUGGGAAACUCCGGGAAUGUGAAGAAUAAACUGCCAAAACUGAGUCUGGGCCAUACAGGGGAGGUCAGCCUACCAAAUGACUCCAGCUGUGUUGAAGAGAUUUUGCGGGAGAUGACACAUUCCUGGCCGCCUCCUCUCACAGCCAUACACACUCCUGGGAAGGCUGAUCAGACCAAGUUUCCCAUCCCAAGCAAGGAGUCACAGCAUGUGACCUCGGGCUACAACACCCAGAAGCGAUGUACUGUAUCAGCUAACAAGCCUGCUGCUGCUAAACCACCAACUGCACCACAGAAGUCAAUGUUGGAGGAUGACCUGAAGAUCAGCAGCGAUGAGGAGGAGGGUGAACAAAAGGUGUCUGACAAGUCCAAGGCCAGAGGCACGGCCCUAAGUGGCGCAUCUGGGAGCAGCAGUGAAUCAGAGAGCAGCUCAGAGUCGGACACAGACGAAUCAGAGAGCAGCUCCAGUGACAGCGAGUAUAAUCAGGCCUCCCGCACACACACACCAGAGCCUGAACCUCCUUCCACCAAUAAGUGGCAGCUGGACAGCUGGUUGAAUAAGGUCCAAGCUCAAACCAAACCCCUGGUCCCCCUACAGCAAGAGCAUCAUGGCACAGGCUCCAUCACACAGGGUCCGGAGACCUUCUCUCCAGGGAGUGAAGCACCAGGAGCGGGUACGGCCGCCAAGACCAAGCCCUGCGGAUCCACCAGCAACCCUGUUCCAGCUGCAACGGUGGAACACAAGGACACACGGGGAGCCUUAUGCCCAGGCAGAGAGAAGGCCAAGGCCAAGCUCAGCCAGAAGGCGUCAGGGGAGGGCCAGAGGUCAAAGAUGAGGCUAUCGCCAGGCCUGUUGUCUGGACCAGAGGUCACGACCCCGAGGAGGAACACCACAGGGAAGAAACAGCCCAGACGGACAGACAGAUCAAACAGUGUGGAGGAUAAUCAGAACCAGACAUGGACCAGAGCAAACCAGCACAGCCCCGCAGCGAGGGAGAAGGACCUGUUGCCUCCCCCCUCCCUGGAGCACCAGAACCCCCCGAGGCCACGAAGCAAACCCCCCAGUGGGAAAACAGCCCCCAGGAAAGAACCUCGCAGUGCUACCAACUCAAACAACAACAACAACUCAGUCACUCCACCAGCGGCGCUACAGCAGACACCUGUGCCAAUACCUGCUGUCAGUGUAAACCAGGACAAGAGGAAACACAGAGGUCCAAACACCAGAAUCACACCCAAGUCCCGAGAAUUCAUCGAAACAGAUUCCUCCUCCUCCUCCUCCGAAUGCCAGUCGGACUCGGAGGAAGCCAUCAAAACCCCUGCUCUGCCAGCUCAGACGACGCGCGCCGCAAUUAACACACAGACUCUGUCCAGCACACACAUACACACGCCUCUUCUCCCAUGCCUCGCCUCCGUCGGCAGCAUGGGAACAUUUGGAGGGAAGGGACUUCGCAUCAAAGACGGUAGCAAUGUGACCGCUAAUGGUAGCAGCAGUAGUAAUGGUAGCAUCAGCAGUGUAAGUAAUGGCAGCAGUAGUAGCUGUAACUCCCUAAGCAUUAGCAACAUAAGUGGUUCAUUCGGCACUUCUGUCCCUGAUCCUGGAGGGUUAGGGGGACAGUGCAAAGACCUGGAGUCAAUGUCGCCGCCUUCCAACAUGGGACACGAGGUGCCUCUCUCCCCUCUGAGGGAAUACCAAGAGAUUCAGAGUUUGUGGGUUAAGAUUGACCUGAGUUUGCUCAGUAGGGUGCCUGGCCAGGGUUUGGGAGAAAGAUCCAGAGUUGGAAUCACAGAGAGGGGUGGGAGUGAAGGGAGAGACAGAGAGAGACAGGUGGAGAGAGACAGACAGAAGCAGGAAGAGAGAGAGUGGCCGGCACUGAGAGAGAGGCAGAAGUUACCCAAAGGGGAGAAACAGGAAGAGGAAAAUGAGCGAUUAGUGCAGGACAGAGAGAGGCAAGGUGACAGAGAGAGAUUAACAGAGAGAGAGAGGCAGAUGGACAGAGAGGACAGAGAAAGAUUCGGGCUUGGGGAGAGGGAGAGGACGGCGGGCAGGGACAGAGAGAAGGUUUGCCAAGGUCUGGGGGUCCUGGAUAACCCCCCAGCGCAAGAGCAGAGCAUUCCCAGGCCGGCCGGGAGGACGGAGAGAGGAGAGAAUGGAGGCAAACACAGGAGGCAGGCAGCUGGAAACAUAGUGGUCCCAACAGAGAAACACACCAGCAAGAGCAAGAGGAAACAUAAGUCUGACCACAGUGAGUCCUCAGCCAACGGCAGUAAGAAGCUGCGAUUGGACAAAGACUGUCAGCUCCUCCCACCCUGCAUCUCUCCAAUACACAACCACAAGAACAGCUCCACUGAUAGCUCUCUAAACAGGAAGCAGUCUCGAAGGCGCGAUGAGAAGCUGCUACCACCCCUGCUGUCCCCCCUCUCAGAUGAUCCCCCUCGUAAACGACCCUGUGACAGCAGUUCCUCUCUCGGUCAGGAGGGCGGCACCACUGGGAUGCUGCCCUGCUCCACCUCUUCCUCCACUUCCUCUUCCUCGCACAGACAUAGGAGAGGCGAAGGCAAGGCGUCAUCGCAUUCAAGAAAUGGCGGUGAAAUGGAUCCUCACAUCGAGAAGCCCAGUGGAGACGGUUACCAUGCCAACGGACAGUCAGACUCAGAGGUGUGGUCGGAACCAACAGAACCUGUCGAACCUCGCAGGCCAAGACUGUCAUUUAGCGACACAGUCCACAGUGCAGACUACUACAUGCAGGAGGCCAAGAGACUGAAGCACAAGGCUGAUGCUUUGAUGGACAAAUUCGGUAAAGCCGUGAACUACGCGGACGGCGCCCUCUCCUUCAUAGAGUGUGGAAAUGCCAUGGAGCGCGAUCCACUAGAGGCCAAAUCACCGUACACCAUGUACUCUGAGACUGUCGAGCUCAUCAGGUACGCCAUGAGGUUGAAGAACUUCGCCAGCCAUUCAGCCACCGUCGCUGAGAAGAAACUAGCUGUGUUAUGUAACCGCUGUCUGUCUCUGCUGUAUCUGAGGAUGUUCCAUCUGAAGAAAGACCAUGCUGUCAAGUACUCGCGGUCGCUCAUGGAGUACUUCAAGAAUUCCGCCAAGACUUCUCACCAAGCACCCUCUCCCUGGAGGACCACUGGGAAGGUCAAUGGGACUCCAUCCCCCCUCUCACUCAGCCCCUCCCCAGCCAGCAGCGGAGGAGGGGGUGGAGGGGUAGGAGGAGGAUCGGGAGGUACCCACGGCUCGUCCGGAAGUGUGGCUAUUCCACAGCGAAUUCACCACAUGGCUGCCAGUCACGUUAACAUCACUAACAACAUCCUGCGGAGCUAUGAACACUGGGAGACGGCUGACAGACUGGCCACUGACAGCCAAGAGUUCUUCCAGGAGCUGGACUCGGUGAUGGAGGCGUUGAGUCAGCAGAGCAGCAUGACUGAGCUGGUCCGAUACAUUAGACAGGGACUUCACUGGCUCCGCAUAGAGGCUCACUUGCUGUAAGGAUUGGACUGGAGCCAAACUUUUUUUUUUUUUUAACGAAAAAAAAGUCAUGGGCCUGGGAGCUAGAACUGGGAUAACAAGUAAGAUGAGACUCAGAACGAUGCUUCAGUUCCCGCUGGGAUUCUUUCAAAUGACCCAACACCACCUGUGGUAAAGUAAUGGCAUAGACUGGGUGGAUUAAUUGAGCUGUGAUCCACCUGCAAUUAAGCCUGAACAGUAACUACAUUUGGGAAUUUCAACUGUGAAUUGCAUAAUACUAAUUAGCAUAUUAAAAAAUGUAGCUGAUGCUGCUUUUCAGAGCUACUGCAACCGUAUAUCAGUGCAGGAAGCUUUAAUCCCUAAUGGAACGAAUAGAUGUUACAAACCUCCCUGUAUAGAAAAAAAGAACCCGAUAUGGAAGGGAAAAGGUAUUUCGUAGUAAGGAUUAUUUUCAUAAAAGAAAUCUGAGAGGCUGAUGUGAUUAAACAGACUGAAGGUAAGGAAGGAACCCAACAGAGGCUCAUCUGCUCCUGCAGUGGCCCAGAAACACAUCUGUGAUGGGGACGAGAAUUAAGGCCUCAAGUUCAUAUCGAUCUAAGUGAAGUACCGGUCCAAUCCAUCAGAUAAGGACCACGCUGGUCAAGGAAAGGGCUCCGUAACAACCACUAGAGCUGAAUUGAUAGAGGUUGAACUUCGUCCUCUGCUUCUAUUCCAGCUAGAAGCUGCUUUCGUUGUUUAUUCCUUAGAAAAAGUCACAGAGACACAAAAUGGUUUCUGAAGAAUCACUGCUGAAAAGUCUCCAUUUGUUGUUGACAAUCAGUCAAAUGUAACUUUUUAAAAUUAAAAGAAUCAGAAUUUUAUCACAUUAAACUCAAUAUUUGAUGCUAUUUAUGGCUCACGUGUAUUCUGCUGUAGCUAUCAAACGUGCACUAUGUAGUUUUGAGAAUGACAUUUGAAGAGAAGAGAAAACUCCUGACUUAUUGAUUUUUCAUGAAUGCAUAAAAUGAAUGAACUAACUGCCCACAUAGGACAACACAAUUUCAUACUGUUUGAUAUUGUAUCUGUCAGUAGGACCCUUCAACGUAGCUGCCUUUCUUACGUCAAACAGUAUUCUGGGGAGUUUAUUCCCCUUCAGGACAGCUUGUUUGUAUACAUAUAUAUUAAAUUGCUAUUCUGAGUCUGUAUUAUUACCUUAUCAUUAUUGUAAAUAUGAACUGAGUUAGAUUUUUUUUUUUCUGAGAUGCCAGAGUGCACCUGAUAUAGUCCUCCGUUUCUGCACUGGAUUCAAAUGAUAUACACAUGCAAUAGGGAUUAGUAUUAUAAAGACGUUCACUUUACCACCAGUAAACACAGGUGUCCCUAAGCCUAUCAGGUAUUUAGAUGCAAUUUAUAAAGAAACAUAAAUAUGCUUCUCUAAAUGCCCCUUUUUAUUUUUAUUUUAGUAAAAGACAACAAAGUUCUUUUAAAGUUGUCUCAACAGAAAGUAGCCGUAAAAGGAUGUUAAAAAAGGGCACUUUGUAAUUAUUCAAACUGUCUAAUAGAAGAAUAAGUAAACAACACCUUUUUAAUGUAAUGAAACUCACUUUUUUAAAGCUUCAAAAGCUUCUAUGAUUAUCAGGAUAGCCUCAGCUGUUGUCCAGCUUCCAGCAAGAAAACUCCCAUGUGACCUGGAUCAGUGGUUUGUUGAAAUGUAAGUUGUAACAUCUCACAUGUGCAGCCUCUCAGUAGAGUCCAAUCAAGAUAACCCUACCAUUAAAGAUGUGUCUAGCUAGAUUGAGGAUUAUAACACCUGGUCAAGUUGCAGUCCGGAGGAGUUAACAGCUCAGCAGAACAAGCACUCAAUACCCCGAUCUGACAAAUGAGGGCUUUCUUCCAUCAGGAAAAUAAAGGCAUUUGUCUGGUUCUUCUCUUACUGGUAAUGGGCUUUGGUGAAAUUACCCUCAGUUCUAUUUCCCAGAGUUUCCCGCCCACUAAGGUGUCAAAACACUUACAGUACAGGGGGGAAAAAACUACAAGAUCCAGUGCGAUUUGGCUCUAAUUAAGCCCCCACCCGUGAUCAAGGGCAGAUCAAGUAAACAGGGUGAAACUCUCACAUUGGCUUUCCUGCCCUGAUGUCAAGAUGUCUGUGCAUCAGCAGCAACUUUGUACAGCGCUUAAUGAGAUCAAAUCACCUGUCGGAGGUCUUGUAGUCAUUUCCCAACAUUUGUCGUGUUGUGUUGUUAGUGUGUAUACAUGUACAGCUGAUUGUCAAGUCUAUUUAAAUCAUUACCUGACUGGACAAUAACGAUGUUUGUGUACCAUAAUGUACAGACUGUGACUCCUGAAAACAGUGUUUGUUUGUAUUUUUCAAGUGUCUUGUGAAUGAAUCAAUGUGAAUGAAUGAGGAAUCGAAACAAGAAGAUAAGGUAUCUAUAUAAAUGUGUGUGUGUGUGUGUGUGUGUGUGUGUGUGUGUGUGUGUGUGUGUGUGUGUGUGUGAGAGAGAGAGAGAGAGAGAGAAAGAGAGAGAGAGAGAGAGAAAGAGCGUGUGUAUGACUGUGUCCAUGCACAGGCUAUGGCUGCAUUUACACAGCACCAGACGUAAUCUGAUUUUUAACCCUUUAUGGCACAUACAAACAAAGGGAGACCACAUUGUGUCCAUGCGGCGUCUCGUCUGUUGUCACAUGUGCUAUCAAGACUUAAAACUGUAGAUUAAUUUUUUCAUGGUCUCUGUAAAUCCAGCGCAUCAAGCAUGAGUUUUUAAGUUUUGGAUCAUUUGACCAUCGCUGAAUGUGUAUGGAAGACAAUGCGGAUGUGAAAAUUAAUUUUCACUUUGACAAAAAAAAGAAACUCAAGUGCCUCUAUUUGUGUCCAGUGGGAAUUGCUCUAUUUAUUUAAGAACAAAGAAUUAAUCUAAAUGAUUUUCCAUACCAUAUUGGUAUAAAUAUGAGAUUGUUUUUCGUAAAAUCAAAUGUUUCCACAAGCUUUUUACUGGCGUUUAUGACGACACCAGGGUUUGGCUUUAAGAAAAAUGUGUGUCAAAUUUGCAUCGGUUGCUGUUUUAUUUUAUUAUAUUGAUGAUUGGAGCAAGUAUGGGUUUGUCUGAAAUGCCUGAAAAAUUUAAACCAUCGCAUGCAAUAAAUGAUAGCUUCAGACCAAGAACUACUUGUGUCCAUUUUGAAAAAGGAAAAAAAAAAAGCAGUCAAUGUAUUUCUUGUCACAAAGUCAUUUACAGUGUGAAUGUUCAACAUCACCUGAAAAUACGGAGCCACUUCGAAUGCACAGCAGUAAAGCUAAUGACUAACAGUCUGAUGGAGGUAACGAUGUUUAAGAACAUCAUGUCACUCAACAGGAAAAGUUCAACAUUUUAAACACAUGAAUAGUCUUCUUACAGAGAAUAAGAUGAGAGGAUUGAGACCACUGUCAUGUUUGUAUUUUACACGUGAAACUAGAGCCAGCAGCCAGUUAGCUUAGCUUUGCACAACAGCGGGAAACAGCUAGCUUGUUUUUUCUAAAUACACCUACUAGCACCUUUUUACACAUUGUAUCUAGUUUGUAUUGGUUCACAUUAACUUUUGUGCAAUGUGUAAAAUGUUGCAUUGUGACAUUUACAUGAUCACAUGAUUAAAGGGUUAGUUUAGGGUUACUUAAUGCUACUUCAUUGUUGUGAGUCAUACUAGUCCCGUCACAUGUCAUUUGAUUGACUGUAGUUAGCAUACAGCAAUGAACUGUCAUGAUGUCAGGUGAAUCUUGUAGUGAAUGGGACAGUUAAAACACCAUGAAGCAUCAAACACAGAUAGUCUGGAGAAUUAUGGUAUAGCCUGUGUUUUUUGAUGAUGUUUCAAUCGUGUUUUAUUUCUGUUCUGUUCUUCCUGCUGAAUGUCUACAACUACCAAAAUGACAUAACCCUUUUAGCACACCAGCAAUACGAGUAUUGGACCUCCGCCGUAUGCUUGUAGAUUGGUCAGGUUUUGGAAAAGGACAUGGAUUGGGUUAAAAAUCCUUAUAUUACCUAUGUAAAUUCUCUAUGUUACAUUAGGAACUGUUACAGUACAUCAUGUAACUUCACUAUGUUUCUGAGUUGAGAACUAACCGCUAACCUCUGGUCUCGCACUGGACACAAACUGUAGUCUCCUGAAUGAAACUGAAUCAACCCGACCAUCUAUUCCUGACCAACCACACACACUCUUUUGCUUUUUAUGCUACUUCUCUUUACCUCCUCCUUUGCAGCUGUAAUACUACAGCCACUAGAGGUCACCAUUUAACAACAAAUAUAAAUAUGGAUAGUUAAAAGCUGCUUUUAUUGUCGACCUCUAUGGUCACGGAUGGCCUGUGGUAGGUAGAUGUUGUAGCCUUUGAACAAGCUAGCUGUUUCUCUCGUUUUUUAGUCUCCGCGCUAUGCUAAGCUAACUGGCUCACAGCCCUAGAUUCAUAUUUAGCACACAGACAUGAGAGUGGUAACAAUCUGCUUCAGAAAAUGUCAAACUUUUCCUUUAAAAUGGACUCACGGUUCUUUAUCUGAAAGCCUGAAAAUGUUUACUGGUGAACAUUUUGGAUAAACGUUAUUCCCCAUGUUUUAACAAAAAUGCCUUUUAAAGAUGUUCUUUUUGUUGUUAUUUAAAACCAAAUUGUCCCAAUAAGCCAAUGAACUUCUACAACAGCCAACGAACAAAACCCACACACUGUUUCUGUUGGACCUCAGUCGUCUCCAGUCAAUAGUUGAUCCACAGUGUUGCACAGUCCAAUUCAAUGAUGUUCGAUGUUGUUUUGUUUUAUGGUGAAACAGUGAUGUUACUAUAUGGUUAUUGUUAAUUUCACACAAUGGUCCUAAUUUUGGUUAUAUGCAGCAGUACAAUAUACUUAUCCAAUACUUUGCUGUGAAAUGUCUAAAACAUUGCAUUGGUGACAUUACAGGAGGCAUCGGUUUCAUCGCACUAUGCUACAAGUCACAUGAUGGUUAUGGUAAAUGUUGAAUUCAUGCAACAGUUCAUUUGACUAUAUGCAAUGUCAAUAUAUUCUGAUACAUUUCAGAGACAGACUGCCUCAGCAUGGCCUUUUAUUCUGCUGACAUCUUAUUAAAUCUCUCAUUAGCUGCUGUUACAUUAUCACAGUUGUCAACUUGUUUAUCAAGAGCAGCAGUGACAGAAACCACAUCGUCGCUGUGGUGAUUACAAUAGAGAGCAACACAGACUGAUUUAUUUUUUGACAACAGAUGGUUACAAGCCGAUAAUACACUGAUAAUCUCUCCAGUAGUGAUGAGUGUCUCUAAUAUUUGUUUGCAGUUCAGAAAAUCACAGAUACACUUGGAUUGUUUAGGAAAUUGCCAAAACCGCCUCACACAGUAAAUUAACUAGCAGUAUUCAUAAGGACAAUAAAGGGUUUUCUUUCUUCUUGAAUUCCUAUAAUCUACCAGAAAGCUGCUUUACUUUCUAGUUUGUUUGUUUGUUUGUUUUUCCAUUUGAUUGUCGAUUGUUGAUUCAGUUGUACUGUCGGAGUCAUGCAACAGAGUUAGGAAGAUAUAUCUGAAAUAAGUCUAAUUAUCCAAUAAUCAUUUGUUAAGGUCACUGGAGGGAGACAAUAACAUGCUUUCACAACCACACAGGUCGGCUUCAGAAAAUGACUGCUAACAUUUUACAUAAUCAUUUAUGCAGAACUGAUAAGUAGUGACACAAUCAUCAGUCCUUUUUAAGUUCCUUAAUAAAAUCUUGCAAUAUUGUGAUACACCACUUUGGCAAAUACACUUCUUAUGCAAUAGAGCAGAUGGGAAGCCAAUUAGCCUAGCUUAGCAUAAAGACAGAAAGCAUUGGGAAAUAGCUAGCCUGCCCCUCUCUAAGUUAAAAAGUCUAUGUAGCAACUAAAGUUCACGUAUCAGAACAACCUAUUUUGUUUAAACCAUACACUAAAGAAAACUACUUAAAAGAUUUUGUUCCAGCAGCGAACUCUCUAACCCUCUCAUAAAACUCUCCCUCUUGUUGUGAUGGCUGUAGGAUCACUGCAAGGAAGGACCAGGUUAGCUGUUAGCUUUAUGUGAAGCUAGGUUUAUCACCUCACAGUUCUCCAUGCCUAAAGGGUGAUAGUAGUAAGAACAGCUGAUUGAUGGAGUUUUCAUUCCCAACUUGUUGAAAACGUUAACACACAGAAAUGAUAGUUUGGUACCAAAGGUCAAAUCAAGCUCAUGGAACAAUGUCCCAAAAUGUUGUGCAGUUUCUUUACAAAGAUACCGCACAAUCCAUUUUCAUAGCCAGGUUGUCAAAUACCCAACACUGCCAGAAAGCAGUCCUGACACAGUAAACUUAAGGCAGCUAAACUACUUGGUUUUGGAGAAGAUCCUAGACUUCUGGUUUCACAUGAGAGCCAAACAGCAGUCUUUCUGGUAAAGGCCUAUGACUGAUCCAUUCAUCCACCCCUAGUUAAUAUUAGAGUUAAUGAUCUGUCGGCGCAGUUACUUCCAGCAAUUCAUAUCGAAAAUGAUGGGUUUAUAUAAAGUUUAUACAGACACCAAAGAGUACCUUGUGUGUCUGAGUAUUUGACCCCUGGGAAUAAGAAGGAACCAGUAAUGUAGUUGUAAACAUAAAGUAUUGUCUGUAAUUAAAAAUCCAUUUGUCAUUUUAUCUUAGGCAACUUGUCAGUUUUACAGUGAUCAAGACAACUUUAAAAAGCAGCAUGAUGGUUUAAACUAGCCAACCAGUUUGAUAUCAUUUUGACCUCUAGCCAUGGUCCAUUUGAUUUUGUAAUAGCUAUUAUUGCACCCCUCCUGGGACACAACACUGUAAACUUGUGCAAUGAUUCAAAGUGGCCCAGGUGAAAACGGGCCAUAAAACAAGGGUUAAAAACUACGUUGUCUCUGAGCACUUUCAUGUUUUCCGUCAGUCUGUUCCCUGCAGUGUCAGCUGUCAGCUGAUCUCAGAUGUAGAAUAGGGCCGGCUCAGUUCAUUCCACCCUAACACUUGUCUUUAAAAAGGUGCAAAAUUUUCUGGCCUGAUUUUCUAAAACUCAUAGCUUCCUGUCAUCAGCCUUUACAGUAUGACUCGCCUGCCCUUACUCUAGCUUUGUAGACAGUAUUCCAGUGAUGAUCUACUUAGGUUAUCUCAAUUAUAUAACAGAAUCAAACUUCAUGUGGCAUUUACUGAUAAUGAAAUAAUAAUACUGUAUCGCUGUAAGUGUUGGGCAUCUGAAUAUGGUCAAAUUAGCAUAUUUCAAGCCAGAUUCUGGUGGUUUGGAGAAAGGCAGCAACACGGUGCCUCUGAUUCAGUCUGACAAAUCUGUCUGUGGUUCUGAUGAUCACUGGCUGAACCCGACAAGGUAAAGAUUUCUAUAAAGUAACAUCUGAGAACACAUCCGUCCAACAUGGAUUGCAUUGUAUUUUUAAAUGUGUUGCACAACUUCAGCCGUUCUUCUGUUUCUAUCAGUGCUAUCUUUUGGCCUUUUAUAUGGUUCUUUUUAUAAUGAAGUUGUUCUGUGUGAUGAUCAGAAGUUGUGAUGCAGUUCCAUUGUUUUUAAAUAUUUAAUGUCUCUAAAAUAUGGAUUAAAAUCUGUUUAAACCAGUG